GGGAGGAGGGGGGGAGUUCGGCUACACCCCUGGCCACGUAGGGAAUCCAUUGACGUCAAUGAGUCAGGCUGGCUCGAGAAGGUCUGUGAGUCGUCAGUGAGGUUAGCAACAUGCGAGCAUUCUGUGCUGAAACGUGUAAACAAGAUGACGCAUCUAAACAUCUGGGCUAUAUGAACAGAAAAGACAGGAUCAUAAAGGUCACGCAGCCCAGGGGAAACAGCACCAUGAGGAAAUACAUCAUGAGAUGAGCGGCCAUGGAUGGACCCAGCAGUCCAGCAGAGGAGGAGCAAGCUUUGAAUUACAGGCCGCCCCCUCUCUAUCACCCAGCCCCCCAACACAGACGCUACAUUCAACAGAGGAAACGGAAAAGACGAAACAUACAAGAAGGUUUUUCAUUUCAAAACCCCGGGGUUGUGGAAAGAACAGGGAGUUCCUUUUUAUUACCUAAACGUGUCCACUUUUGGCUUCAUCGUUAGACCACAAACCCGGACUUCCUCCCCGUUGUUUCCACAAUUUGCCCAUCUCUUCCCCAGCUGUUUGCAGCUGGCAGAAAGCACCCGCCCUGUUCGGGAAAAGGGACGGAGAGUGACCGGAGGAGAGAGAUGUCACCCCAACCUCACCAGCCGCAGGUGAGGCAGAAUAUCCAGAAGUUCCUCAAGAGUUUUUUGGGAAUCGUCCGGAUCCUGCAGAUUGUGUUCGGGGCCGGGCUGUGGGUCACCAUCGCCGCCAACAAAUACGAAGGAUCCAUCCAUUUCGUCCUGUUCGUCGCAGUCCUCUUCUGGCUCCUCACCCUCGCCCUUUUCUUCCUCACACUCCUGGAGAAGCAGGACCUCGUCCCGCUGCUGGGAGGGGAGCGUUGGUUGUUCACCAACCUGGCGCACGACGUGGCCGCCGCCGUGCUCUACCUGCCGGCCAUAGGAAUCAUGAUCUACAAGACGGACCGCAACUCGUACUGCAACCUGGAUCAGUACACGCACCCCUGUCUGUACAAGGUCUACCUGACUGCCGCCGUGUUCGCCUGCCUGUGCUGCCUGGCGUACAUCCUGUCGGUUAUUUAUGGGGCGUGCAGGAAGUGUCGGGGAGAACAGACGGUCAUCUGAGGAGACUGAAGUGGGGGUUGAUGGCAACAGAUGGGGGGGGGGGGCAUC